AUGCGUACCUACACCCCGCUCAUUCUCCUCUUUGCCAUCCUCUUCGGAUCGGCCAUCGUCAACGCCAUUUCCGGCCCGCAGGAUGCCAAAAUGGCCGCCGCCAUCGAAGCGGCCAUUGCCAAAAUCCCCAACUUCACGCGCAUCUCCAAGCUCCCCCCCAACAGCGUCUACACCUUCACCCAAGAAGCGUUUGACCCCGUCACCAAAACCAACACCACCAUGACUGUCUCCAGAACCGUCAGCGACCUCAUCGGCGGGCUCUCGGAAUCCUCCUCCUCCAAUGCACUCGCCAAGCGCAACGACCCCGAAUUUGGCUAUGUCUGCGAGACCAGCAUCCGUAGCCCGCGCCUGUUCGAUGUCAUUAGCAACAUAAACGAUAUGACCCGGGAUCACCGCGCGAUGUGCUGUCAGCUCACCCCGAGGGGGCGUUGCUAUACGUAUCGGAACUGGGGGACAUCGUCGUUGGGAAUCUGCGGGAACUGGAUGAGGUGUGUGCCGUGUAAGAAUGCGGCGGAGUUUCUGGUUCUGUUGGCAGAAAGCUGUUACAAGAACUUCAGAGGUAGAGGUCACCCAUUGACGGGUGGGAGAAGAAUGAGGGCUGCUGGUUGGAGAUGA